AGUCCAACAAACAAACCAAAGAUAUUGAAAAAAAGAAAAAAAAAAGUCACUUUGGAGAUAGAACAGAAUAUAAAAAGAUUCUUUAAAUAAACUUUUAUCAAAACAAGAUUCUGAAUUUUUUACUAAGUCUUGAGAAAUCUCUAAAACGAAGAACAAAUAAGAAACCUUGUAGCCAUGGGUGGUGAUACUUUCAAAGAUGAUUUUGUAGAUGAAGAAUCUUCAAGAUCAUCAUCAUCUCCUUGUUCUUGUUGUUUCAGUGAUGAUUUAGGGUUUAAGGAUGAUGUUUCUGAAGAUAAUUUCGCAAAUUUCUCUAAUCAUGUUACUGAUUUGAGAAGAAGAGAAAAAUCUUACCAAGAGAUUCUUCAAAGUUAUGAUGUUUUGCUCAGAAGCAGCAAACGGAAACUUAGACAAGCCAGAAAUGAAAUUUUGAGAUAUACUCCUGGAUCAUGGUCUGAUGUGAAACUGAGCGAUUACGAUGUUCCAAAGACGACAUCGAUCAUGUUAGUUGGUCCGAAAGGAGCCGGGAAGAGUAGCCUUGUUAAUAAGAUUUCAAGAGUGAUUGAAGACGAUGAGUUUUUCCCAGCUAGAGCUCAGGAAUCAUUUGGUACGCAGUCUAAAGGAGGAACAUUCUUUGUUCAGGAAUAUAUGAUCCCAAGAGGAGGUUCUGCUUCCUUUUGCCUAUAUGACACUCGUGGCUUGAGCCAUAUCUCAUCAUCUGAUAACACUCGUAUGAUUGAGCAGUGGAUGACAAAAGGCGUGCAUCACGGCGAACCUGUCAUCUGGACAUCUGAUAGUUCGGAUUUAAAGGAUAGACUCAUCCGAGAUGGUGGUACGGGUUAUGAGAGAAGGAAAGUGAAUUCCGUUAUCUUUGUUAUUAAUGCGGUCGAAAUCUUGAAAUCGAUGGAAUGUGAAACAAGCUAUGCUCAUAUGAUAUCCACGGCCUUUAACUGUCCGUUACUAUCAUUUAAAGAUGACAAGCCAGCAGUAGUUAUGACUCAUGGAGAUAUGCUUUCACUAGAGGACCGUGCUCGAGUUCGAGUUUUCCUUGGAGAACUUCUUGGUAUCCCACCUGCCAAACAGAUAUUCGACAUUCCAGAAAGCCGGGACAUAGCCACCGCGCUAACAAUCUGCAACUUGCUAUGCUAUAGUCUUGACCAUGCUGAUAAGAAUUUUGUGUUUCUUCCCAAAAGGAACUUCACCAUAUCAAAGGUUGGAGGCCUCACAAAAUGGAUCAUCUUAUUAGACAUAAUAUCAAUUGCUCUGAUUUUAUUCAUGGCAUUGGCUUCAAUCUGGGUUGUUACUCAUAAUCCCGUAAGCGGCCAAAAAUUAGCGCAUGAGGCUGAGUACAAACUGCUUACAUUCCCAAGUCCACGGUUAAACAACCUCACACAUGAGGCCCAGCCGAUACGUCGCAUAGUGCCUCAGCAGGUCAUGGGAGGUCCAAUCCUUGCAUGCGUUCAACAUCCUAAGUCUGAGUCUGUGCCUGAAAGUGACCAUAGCAUUGAUUUGCAAAUAGCGCAACGCUUAUGGUUCGACGAAGGUAAAGUGACCGAGGUCGAACCAAGCUUUGAUUGGCGAACAACUCGACGCUUGUGGUACGUUGAAUGAAAAUGUAUGUGAGCGUUAACAUCUUUAUAUGCUAAAAUAAAGUUUGAUAGUGUGGAAACUAGUAAAUAUAAAAUAAGAUGUUAUUAAAAAUUUGGACCGCAUAAACUGUAAGGUCAUGGAUUUGUUUGGUUUUACCGGUUCAAUGGGAUUCACUUUAUAUA